CUGAUGGAGAAGUGUGGUAAAGUUCAGCAGAAGGUUUCUUGUAUAUUUGAGACACAUGUAAUUGAUGAACCAGCUAGUAAGAGGAAGUUUCAAGGCUAUAAAGUGAUUGCAACUGAUGUAAUCAAAAGUGCAGCAAUUGCAAGCAGCAUAACCGAAUCAACAGCUACUGAAAAGCUGGACGGGACAUGUGUAUAUAUUGCAGAAUGGCAGGGUCUACCUUGGCUUUGGGCUCGUUUAGACAGAAAACCAAACAAAGCUGGAGAUAAAAGAUUCAAACAAUUCCAGUUUCUUCAUCAAAAGUGGGAACAAGGACCAAAAGAUAUACCUGAACCCACAUUUGAGUGGAACAUUGAAAAAGAUUUCAAAGAGGUUCCAGAUCAUUGGAGGCCAGCUUCUGAUGUAAAUCUGGUAAAUGGCCAACCUCAACCAGACAAAAGUAGACACAUUCCAGGUUGGGUUCCCUUGGAAAAGAAAUCAAGACAGUACUGUUGGCAUGAGUCUGCUGUGGACUUAGACAGAGGGCUUGGGUUGUUUUUAAUGCAGAAAGAGGGUUGUCCACAGUGUCUUCAGAUACAAGCUUUGCCUCUACGAAGUGCCCUUGGUCACACAGCGGAGCUGAUAGGAACACAUAUUAAUGGAAAUGCCUACAGUAUCGGCAGCAAAAGAAAUCCUCUCCACUUUCUGGUGAUUCAUGGUUCGAUACCUCUCUCAGAUCCCCCUGAAAUUUCUCUCACAGAGAUCCAGAACUGGUUCUCCUCUACACAGGAGGGUCUUGUUGAGGGUGUGGUCUGGCACUGUCAAAAUGGAAAACUGUUUAAAAUUCAUAGACACCAUCUAAAUUUACCAUGGCCACUGAAAGACACAACCCCAAUUUUUUCUCAGAGAAGAGUGGAAAUUCUGGUAGACAGUUCUAAUUUUGAAUCAGAUGAAAAUGUUAAUACUGCGUUUCAGAAACUGAGUAGAAUUUUCAACAAGAAAUGUGAUUCUAUAUUAGACUUGGAUCAGCUGUUAGACAGUGAUGGGGAAAAAUGAAAAUAAAUGUACAUGUAAAAUAAAUUUUCAUCACUUUU